AUGGAAGCUGUGGCCAGCGGCGCGGCGCACAGGCGGUGGGAGACUUCGGGAAGAAGCUCUCAGUACAGCUUGAGGAUGUCGGCGAGCAGCGAUGCGGACAUCGGCCAUGACAUUGUGGAGGUGAGCAAUGCCGGCGGCGAGGCGGCAGAGGAGGCGAGGCAGGCUGCUGGGGACAAGGUGUUCGUGGCUGUCUCGGAAGAGGUCAAGCGCGGGAAGAGCGCCAUGGUGUGGGCGCUGCAGAACCUGGCCAAGGACGGCGCACAGUUCGUGAUAGCGCACGUCCACUGCCCCGCGCAGAUGAUCCCCAUGAUGGGAACAAAAAUUCAUUAUACCAGGAUGGAUCCAGAACAGGUCAAGGACCACAGAAAGAUGGAGCUAGAGAAGGCAUCGGGAAGACUCGACGAAUAUGUUCUUCUAUGCGCAUUACGGAAGGUCAGCUGUGAGAAAAUAAUAAUUGAGAAUGAUGAUGUUGCUAGAGGAAUUGAGGAGCUUAUUACCCUUCAUGGCAUCACCAAGCUUGUCAUGGGAGCAGCAUCAGACAAAUAUUACUCAAAGAAACUGAAAACACCAAAGUCCAAGAAAGCACUCAGACUGAUGGAGGCAGGAGCCUCAUCAUGUAUGAUAUGGUUUACAUGUAAAGGACAACUGAUAUGUACCAGGGAAGCGAACACAACCAUUCCUGUGAUACCACCAUCGCCCAUAAGCACAGUUGCAUCAACAUUGUCAGCGAGCAGCAUUUCCAGCCAUAUGAGAUCAAUUAUGACUCCCCAGUCAGAGAGUGAAGCACCAAGCUCAAAUGGAAGUCCACGGCAGGAUCUGGACAGAUUGCAAAGUUCGUGGUCAAGGAAUGAUGAUGCCAUCAGUGUGUCCGGAUCCGCGAUGGGGCAUCCAAUGCACGAGUCUGAUGAUGAGUUUUUUCCACCUCCUUCUCAAGAGCUCGAGAACCCAGGUGGUGAUGCAGACAUUUAUGGAAGACUUAAAGAGGCACUCCGUGAAUCUCAACAGUCGAAGAAAGAAGUAUUUGAAGAAUCAAGCAAGCGCCGAAAGGCAGAACUUGAUCUGCUUUCAGCUCUUCAAAAGGCCAAGGAGUUGGAGAAGUUGUAUCAUCACGAGCUAAGACAGCGGAGAACAAUUGAGGAGGCACUCUCAAUACAGAGGCGGGAGAUGGAAGAAACAAGAAUCAAGUGCGAGACGUUGUACGAGGAACUACACGAUGCAGGCGAAGAGCAUGUCAUACUGGAGCAGUGCAUCACGGAGCUGAAGUCUGCUCUGGACGAUGAGAAGCAGAAGCUGGCGGCAAGCAAGCACCUUGUAGAAGAGCUGAGGGGAGAUAAAGAGAAGCUGCAGCAGGAGAGGGGUGCUACAGCUGAAGAGUUGAGGCAGACCAAGAAGGAGCAGAGAGUGUCGGUUCCGGCGGCUGAUGCAGUAAUAAACACCGAGUUCUCUGCCUCUGAGCUUGAACAGGCAACUCGAAGUUUCGACGAAGCACUCAAGAUCGGCGAGGGUGGGUUCGGAUGUGUCUACAGAGGCUCACUUCGCAGCACAACCGUAGCAAUCAAGCUGAUGCAUUCAAAGAGCCUGCAGGGGCAGCCAGAAUUCAACCAAGAGGUUGCUGUCCUCAGCAGAGUACGGCACCCAAACCUCGUCACGCUCAUCGGGUCGUGCCGCGAGGUGUUUGGCCUAGUGUACGAGUUCCUCCCAAACGGCAGCCUCGAGGACCGCCUUGCCUGCACCAACAACACGCCGCCGUUGACAUGGCAGGUGCGCACCAGGAUCAUCGCCGAGAUGUGCUCGGCCCUGGCCUUCCUCCACUCCAGCAAGCCGCACCCGCUGAUCCACGGCGACCUCAAGCCGGCCAACAUCCUCCUCGACGCCAACCUCGUCAGCAAGCUGGGCGACUUUGGCACCUGCCGACUGUUGACACAGCCAAACACCUCCACCACCACCACCAGGCUGUACCCGAGGGGCACCUUCGCGUACAUGGACCCGGAGUUCUUGUCCACCGGCGAGCUCACACCGCGCUCGGACGUCUACUCCUUCGGCAUCAUCGUCUUGCAGCUCCUCACGGGAAGGCCGCCCCAGAAGAUCGCCGAGAUGGUGGAGGACGCCAUGGAGGAGGGGGGUCUGCAGUCCAUCAUUGAUCCCUCCGCGGGGAGCUGGCCGUUCGUGCAGGCCAACCAGCUGGCGCACCUUGGCCUGCGGUGUGCCGAGAUGAGUAGGAGGCGGCGGCCGGAUCUUGCCCGGGAGGUGUGGCUGGUGGUGGAGACCCUGAUGAGGCCGACGUUCGCGGGAGCUUCGUCGGAUGAUGACGCUUCCACGCCGUCCAACUUCCGGACAACAUCAUCGUCGGUCGUCGGAUGA